AUGAGAAGUUUCGCUUUCCUCGUAUCCUUGAUCCUCGCAACUCUGGCAACUUCGGAUGCCUUUCAUCUGAAUCAUCGAAUAGAUUCCUAUGUUACGAAAGGUGGCCGACAUGGCGAUGGCACCUUGCAAUAUCAAGAUGACUCCAAUAUGUUUGACCUUCAAGAGGGAGAGAAGAUUUUUACUGGUGGAUCAUCAUCAACCAGCAGUCGAUAUGAUUGCGAUGAUGCUACUACUAGUAAUAUGCAGGCCCAGCAAUCAAGUGAUCGCCGGUAUUCCGCUUCGGAUUGGUUGUACAAUCUCAAGACUUGGAAGCACUCGAGCAUAUUGAAGGAAGUUCGAAACCCAGUCAUUGCCCUAAGCUCAUGGGCCACACUAGUCAGUCUUUUGCACAAGGCUUUGCAAAUGGCUGGAAGAGGCAACUGGGCAUUGCAAAUGAGCAUCCCUGCGGCGGCUCAUUCCUUUUUGGUCAGUUCCAUUGGACUUCUUUUGGUGUUUCGAACCAACAGUGCCUAUCAGAGAUUCCUUGAAGGAAGACAAAUCUGGGAACAAGUUUCAUCGAAAUCCCGCAAUCUAUCUCGCUUCAUUACCAUGUACCGAAACGAAGUUGGGUCAGAUCGGCGAAAACGCAUCAUGCAUUUGCUGGCGGCAUUCCCAUACUUGCUCCGACACCGGGUGCGAAAUGCUUGUCUUUGCAGUAAUGCUGCGGAUUCGAUCCCUGAACAAAACAAACUCUGUCUUUUGGAACCCAAUCGACCACAGAACCACUGCUUUGUGGAUCGCACCAGGUAUCCAUGGUCACUGUUGGAACAGGCACAAAAAGACAAUCAUGGCCAGAAUAACAAUAUUCUUCACAAGAUUGCCCAAGUGACCAACCGUCCCUUGUGGAUUUGCGAUCGACUCGGCCAAGAAAUCAUGGAGAUUCCCAUUUCGCCCAACUUUACCUCACGAGAGCGACUAAAGCUACUCGAUGACGUUGGUAAACUAGCCGACGCUAUUGGAAGUUGCGAACGGAUUCAUCAGACUGCUGUCCCACUUCACUAUGCUCGACAUGCGCUUAGAAGUCUCACCGUGUGGAUUGUCACUCUCCCCUUUUCUUUGAUGAAGGAUUUUGGGUUGCUGACGGGACCAGUGAUUGCCAUGAUUGCAUGGCUACUCUUUGGAGUGUACCAGAUUGGUCACUCUAUUGAAGAUCCAUUUCAAGGGUCACUUCGACUCUCUACCUUGUGCGAAGACAUUCGAAGAGAUAUCCUCGAAGAUGUCGACCGUCGGGAAUCAGCCUUUGAAAACAGCGAAAACAACAUGUUGCAAGACCACGAAUUCGAUUUACUGUCGCAAACAGCGUUAUACUCGGCAACUGUAAGCAAUCUAGUGACUGCCCAAACCGCGAUUGCAACGAAACAACAACAGCCAAUGGGAGUAUCAUCAUAA